UGCUUUGUGUUUUACUGAUCUGUCAGUUAUUUAAUUUCGAGCAAAGAUACAGCAUAUUUAAAAAGUGAAAACGCUUCCGAUUGCCAUUGGUAAUCGGUAUGUUGUUCGCUGUUCCUGAGUGUCGUGAAAAACUUGAAAGUUUGGCAGGUCACAUAAAAAAUAGUGAACAAAGUGUUACCAAAGAAACCGUAGUCACCCGUCGCUUCCGUAAGAAUAAACAAAUCGAGCGGUAUCUGCUGCAGUAGUGUGUGGAUAUUAGUCAUCAUCGCAAAAUAUCGCUGCAUUUGUUUCUGAGUUAAGUGUAAAGCGCAGCAAAUUGGGUUUAUUUCGGCAAAUGAGCUCGCCCGUAGUUGCAGGACACGAACAGACACUCGAAAAUAUGGAAGUGGAGUCUGAUGAACAAGAUUGGUCUUUGGUUCCCACGGUUGACGAAUCUAGAACAGCCUGGCUCAGUAAACCACCAAUGGAAAGGUUUAUUAGCAUUUUGGAUCAGCUGGACUCGAAGGUAGAGAAACUUCGCAAAGAUGCUCUAAUGCUGCAGGAGAAGAAAGACUUUCUGGCAAUGUCUGUGGACGUGCUCAAAAACAACGAAUAUUUAACCGGUUUAAAUGAGAACGAGCGGGAGGAAAUAAGCUGCUACGUUCAGCGAAUAAGUGGGCGUCUGUCGACAGUGGAGCUAAGUGUCUGCACCGUCCGUGACCGUGCCCAGGAGGACUCGUUACACCACAUCAACAGUUUGAUCGAUGCACUGAUCUCUAGCUCAGAUCCGGUGGUUUCGCGUAUGCGCUGCCAGCAGUUUCUGAAUGCCUGCAGCACCGCCGACACCAGCACCUAUUCUGAUUUGGAUCAAGCGCUCUGCUCGGAUAAAAAGUUUGAAAGUGUUUUACUUGGGUGUACUUUGGAUGAUCAGAAAACGAUCAAGAAACGACUGCAGGCAUUGUUGGCCUACCUUACCCAGCAGACCAUCGUGCAUUGAGUUGAAAAGGAACCCGAAAACGCUUGAAAUGGCAAGUAGUUUAAGUUUUAGUUAGCGUGUAGAAGAAAAACUAUUCAUUAUUCAGACUGAAGAUAAACAACAUAUGGAUGGCAAGCAUCCACCAAUUAAAAGCCCAACAUGAUAUAUAAAACGAAAAAUAGCUGCCAUUCGAAUGGGAUUUAUUAAUCAUUUGUUUAUCCUUUGUCUAAGCGAUGUUUCAGAGUUUCAUUUAUUCUUAAUAACUAUUGUAACAAAGCAAGUUGUAUAAUGAUAGCAGGGGCUUUAAGCUGAAUAAUUUAACAGAUCUUUUGUUCGAAAACUUUAUUAAAGGAAAACU